CGAUUACAUCCUCAGCCACUCAAUUCACUAAGGACAUUAGCAGAAUUUAGUACUGUGGUUAAGUUUCGAUCUGUUCGCUCCAAAAGGUUGCGCGAUGAUGACGAUCCGCGUCGUCAAAAGGGGGUGGGCGGAACAGGGAAGUCGCAGUAGCGAGGAGAGGUUCCCUGAUCAACAACCCCAUAUCGUGAUGAGAGCCAUCGGCUCUGUACCAGUUCUCUGGCCAGUGGAGACAUGUCCCACACCCAGUUUUCACCGACAUGCUGCUAAUCUACAAUCUGUUUUCCUUGCCCACAGAAAGCAAAUGAUCACCGUUGGGAAAGAACACCGUUUAGCCGUCAGGGCCAGGACAACAUCAAACAAUACCAUUGUUGCUAUAUGCAGUGUGCCGUUCGUGCUACCGCAUCGAACUGAGAGGUCAAGAACAAUGCUCAAGCGUCUCAAAACUCAAAAAAGUGCCAAAGGUGCGUCGUUAUAUCGGUGUAUACUAAGUACGAAGAUACAAAGCGCCUUCCCAGGCGAUAGAACGAGGCAAGCCACUUCGAAGCACCCUCACACAUCGCCCGGAGCCGUGUGCGAAGAUGCGAUCUUGGGUUGUCAGCUGACAAGGAUGCUGACUCGACUUGUGUGCUCUCGGUCCUCUUUUCACCUUCUGCCGAAUUUCGAGUCAAGAAUGGCAGAUUCAUACCCCCGUUCCUGACUCGCUGGAGCAACUAGUUAUGGAGUCGGGUGGAAUGGAUCUUGUGUCAGGCAACUGACAAACGUUUCCUGACAAAGACUGAUUACCGAGGCCAACUACCAUAACAAAGAGAUCUUUCGAGACAAAUAUUGGCUGUCCGGAAAACAGC